AGAGCAUGGAUGCGACCACCGAGGGCCGCGCGUGGGUCGAAGGCGAGCGCGCAGGGUGGCGCGUUGUCGAUGCCGCCAAGGAAGAUCCAACGAAGCUGUACAGGAUGAUGAUUAGCGGAAUCGUCCCGCGCCCGAUCGCGUUCGUGUCGAGCGUCUCGGCGGACGGCGUGGAGAAUCUUGCACCGUUCAGCUGGUUCAACAUGGUAACGGGCAACCCCCCGCUCGUGAGCGUCGCAUGCCUGAAUACGGCGGGUGGGCUGAAGGACACGGCGGCGAACAUCAAGGCGACGAAGGGAUUCACGGUGAACAUUAUCAGCGAGGCGUUCGUGCACCACGCGAACGCGUGCGCGAUCGAUGCGCCAAGUGAGGUCAGCGAGUGGCCGCUGAGCGGGCUUACGAGGGAGAAGAGCAUUCUGGUCCGCGCGCCGCGUGUGAAGGAGAGCGCGUUCAGCAUGGAGUGCGAGCUCUUCGAAGCGCACGACAUCAUCCACCCCGACACAGGCGCAUGCACGACCACCCUCAUCCUGGGUCUCGUGAAGUACAUCCACGUGCGGAAGGACGUGCUCACGGAGCGCGGGUACGUUGACCCCGCGCGGCUGCGCGCGGUGGGCAAGAUGGGCGACAUCACGUAUGCGCGCCAGGGGGAUGCGUUUCGCAUCCCGCGCCCGGACUGGGGGAAGGAUGCGGAACAGAUCAAGGAUGUGUUUGGCGCGGAGGGGGGCGAAGCGGUGAGGGUGUGAAGUGUGUACCCGCGGGGUUGCGUCGUUGAUUAAGGAUAGAGGUAGCCUAUGCGCUGAUUUGACUAAUGUCGCGGUAGAUCUAGAUCGUUG